AUGGGCUGCCGCCAGUCCGUGGCAAAACGGCCCGUGGACCCGCAGGAGGCGGCGGCGGCGGCACAAUACGGGGAGUCCGGCAAAUUCAGCGAACCCUGCAACGCCUCCAGCGCCGCGGCAAUGGAAUUUACGAUGCGGGUUUCCGCGAAAAAAAAAGUGCAUGACGCGGGGAACACUACCCCCCACGCGGGCGAGCAGCAGGCGACAAGGGGAAAAGUCCGAUGGGUCAGCACGAAAAAGGACUUUGCCGCGUCUCACCGGGAGCUGCUGGGACGCUGCUGGGAGACACACGACAUGGAGCGACUCUCCACCUUACUCGUGCGCAACGCCCCGGUGAGCCUGCAGGAGACGACAACAAGCGCCAGCUUUGCGUGGGCCUCUACGCAACGCGAGGAUGGGUCAUCGAUGACAAUUUUUUCACCCAAUGCAAUCACCGUGUCGUCGCUUGCACCAUUAGAUGGACGCCGCACGCGCUCCGCACGCCGCAAACGGGCUUUACCACACCACUCACGUUGGGUCUCUUUACUCCACACCUUGUCGGAGCUGCACCUUGGGGGUGGGGAAACCGGUGAGCACGUUCCCACCUCAUGUGCGCCCGCGCAUGCGCGAGAGGGUACGGGGGCAUGCAAAUUGAGCGGAAUGCGCGGGCAUAUGCAUCCACUCUCCGGCAGCGGGUCUCCAAAUGACGCUGAUGUCGGGAGUUGUAGCGCCCAUGUGGAUCAUGGCGCCGCGACAGGAUGUGGGUAUCCUGGGGCGAAGAACGUAUUUGCCCUCCGUCUCUCAGAGAUGCCUUCGACAGGAAAGGGUACGUCAUUCCUGCGGAAGCGUAAGAUGAAUCCCUGUAUGGGUGUGUAUGCCCAACGAUGGGAUCGUGUAGAGUUCUUUUCACCAAAUAUUCAUUCUAUUGCCAUUGCUGUGGCACAAACGCAGCCGAUUUCUGCCAACUCCUUUUUUACGAAUGUAACAAGUCCCGGGUCUCCACUUUCUAGACUGAAAGAAAGUCACGCGACGUUCAAUAUGUCAUUUGAUACAACCAAAAUGCCUGCACCUGUUCUUUUAACCGAGAGUCUCUCGUCCACCGUCUCGCAGAUUUCUUUAGGGAGUCCGAGAAACGCCGAGCAUCCGACGCGUUUUCCAGAGAGCAGUCUUUACUGUCAUUGUCUUGCAUUGCCGGCAAGUCACAUACAAGAGCUGCAGGCAGGUGGGGAGCUCAUCCCGACAAGUUUUCUGUCGCCCUUUGCUUCCACAUCUUUUGGCGGAAAUGCGUUGGAAAAGACCACUGUAGAUAUAGAUGGAUCGCCCUUGCAUGAUGCAACUAUUUGCUCAGGGAAUGCUAAAAUGACCCUUAACAACAACAACAACAACAACAAAAGGAGUGCGUCGACUGCCAAUAUAGAAGCGAAUGUACCACGCGCCUCUGUUUAUGGGACGCAGGGGAAAACGGACUUACAGAAGCUGAACUUAGGGGUCCGGGAGCUCAUUUCCGCAGUUGACGAAAAGAAAAAGACGUCUCCUCUGCGAGAAGAUACGGGGGUUCACACGACGAACAUGUGUUCAUCCUCCGAAUUACAGCAAUCACACGCGCCAAAGACGAUCCUCUCAGGUAUUAUUGUCAGCAGUUUUGAUCUAUCCAUUGAUCCUUUCCGCUGGAGGGAGGAACAAUAUAAGUGCAACACUAUCAAAUAUAAUGGCACGAGGUCAUGCGUUCGAGAACAAUUUAGGGAGGGAAUUGUAACACGUGUCAUGUACGGUGGGGUAUUCGUUGUGGAGUGCACCAGUCAUUUGGCUCUGCAGAAGCUGGAAAAGGUGCUUAAAUUGAAAAAAUGGUCCGAUAGAAAAAAGAAAAUGUCGGAAUUGUCAAAAAUAACAACGUUUCCUCGAGACCACAAUAGUAAUCAUGUCCGUGAUGGGGCAGGAAGGGUGACAUCUAGCAGCUGUUAUAAUUCCGGUAUGGAAUGUAGCAACGGUGGAAGUUUCUUCGAAUACAAGUCGUGUAAUGACGCCAAUCAACUUGAAUUGUACCGUGUUGCGUACUGCGUGGGUGGGAUGCAGAUUAAGUGGGAGUCUUACCCCAAGACGGAGGAACAAUCCCCUCGUUCAGACAUGAUCGGCACGCAUACAGGAUGCCCCACACUGACCCCGUGGAUAAAUCUGAAAACAGUGAUGAAGCUUGCACAUUCAUGGGCACGGCAUCUACUCUCCACCCCAGAGUUGGCCGAGCCGCUUGCAGUGUAUGUACAGAGUUUUGUAGGUAUUAUUCCCGCCUUACGGUUGGUAUCCGACUGGAAUUGUCAACUGAUGCAGCUGUUUGCGGAAUCCGAGGAUCAAGACGAUGAUGGUGAUGAUGAUGAUGAGUUGAGCACGGACUGCGGGGCGGGUAUUGAGAGAGGUGGCCUUCCAGGAAUGGAGAAUAACUUUGGGGAAGCUUCGUCUUUUGAAGACUCCUCAGAUCUCUCUACCAAAACCGGUGGCGGUCUCUCUGUUCCAACCGUAUUGCUUACAUGUCGUCCAAUGACACAAUAUUUUAAAAGUGAUGGUCACGUCUCGAAAUCAACACUGAGAAGCAGUGCAAACAUCAGCCUUAUUACAUCCAAGAGAACAAGCGACACAGCGAGGAGGCCAUCUUCCAUAGAAUCCCUACAAAAGCAUCCAAGAGCAGAGAGGAGUAGGAGAGCAACGGCAAGAGCAAUAGACGAGUCGGUUCCAAAAGUCGACCAGUGUAUAUCUUCAGCACGGCAGCGGGAAGGAGGUUUCUUGACCCCGCGUGCGAGAGGCGACAACCCACAUGUACCGCGAACAGCAAAAACAAACGAAAAAAAGGAAGGAACAAAUGAGAGGAAUGUGCCUGUCACGGACCCGAUGAUGAAUGAGCAAACAAAACUGGAAUUUCUGACGCCCUACCCACCACCCCCAUUAUCUUUUGAGGGGGAAGACGGUGAGGCAUUCUGGGAGAGAGCCAUGCUGGAGGCCAUGGCUCUAGAGAAGGAGCUGAAGGACGUCAUGGAUGCCCGUCGAAAGGCAGAAGAUGAGUUUUAUCGAUUGGGCGGCAUUAUUCACAGUUUGCAGUGUGCCUUUUUGCCCAAUUCCCAAUUGGGUGAGAUUGAGCCACUUUGUGCGUAUCUGCAGACCGCCAUUGAUGAUCCUAUGGAGCUACCGCACAGGUGUUGUUACUUUGCUGGUCCGGAUUGGUUUUCAUGCCUUGCUGCCGUCUUGACAAAUCCAAGGAAUUCCAUCGCUGCUGUUGACAUUUCUUACAGAUUGACACUUUCAUCUCUUCCACAGCUUGGGAUGCUGGCCGGCCUGCUUUUUCAUGAGUGUGCGAUGCCGUGUCUUCAGCGGCUGAGCCUCCAAUGUCGCAGAAUAUUUUUUUUAAAAUGUGGUGAGAAAAAUGAACUCAGUAGGAACGAAAAAGUAGGGAAACCUUGGUCCCGUAUUAUUUCCCGGCAUGUAUCGAAAAAAUGUCAUGAACGAAGACCAGAAUUCUCUCGCCUGAUCUCCUUUGGCUUUGAUGAACCACGACGUGGCCCGCCCUUCUUUCUUACCCCGAAACAGGCGAAGAGAGUGCUGGUCAUACUGACGGAGUCUCUACUAGACAACGUCCGGCAGCCGCACUUUACGCUUCAGUUGAGGGAGUUCCCCUACAAAUCAUUCGAGCGUGAUUCAAAGAUAUUUCAUAAGGUCUUUCAUGUCUUCAGCAGCAAUUCCAUGCGCCACGCCACCAGUAACAAUAAUAAUAAUAGUCAUCCUCAUCAUCAUGAUACUGACGGUGCUGGUAGGAAGACCAAAAAGAACAAAAAGCGACCGGAGGAGGAAAAUGCGUUAUCGCGGGAUCGGGAGAGUACCACUCCUUCCUGGACGGAUCCCCCAGAAGUUGUGUUUAGUAACGAUCCCCAUCCGAUUCAAUGCGCAUGGGAUGAGGCGGAGCGCCAGCCGUAUUGCAUGCUAAUGCGUCAUCGGGAGUUUCUCCCCACACGCUGGUCCGCACCCCACAAAAAUCAGCCCUACGCCGGUCGUCAUGAGGAAAAGAACCAAAAUCAUUCAUCAUGUUACGAGGAGAUGUGGGUCUAUGGGCUUGGCUCGGAAUACCUGGAGUUUGCCAUGUUUUGCGAAUUGGGAGCCCAACUGUUGGAAAAGGCUCCGGAAAUAUUUGAUGCGGUGCAAGCGGCUGUCAGCCACCGCGGCGCAGGAAAGGGCACCAAGAAAGGGUCGAAUGGUGGGAAGUUGCUGGCGCAGACUGAGUUCCUUCUCACUUCUUAA